CCAUUGUAGGACAUAUAGAUCCGGCUUCUCUGGAGAUGAUCUUUUGUUCCUGUCAUCCGGCGAACUGCGCAUGUGCGUCUGAGAGGUGUAAGUAAUGUUUUCUUGACUUUCACUUGAUAUGCCUGCAAAGAUCAAACCAUCUUGUCUUGUGGGCGCGGUGUGGUGUGUGAGUGGUGGGUGUGGCUUGUGGCUUAUCAGGGGUGUUGGAGUCCGGAUUGGGAGCCGGCAAACGUCAAGACCGAACGAGGACUUCAAAAAGAUGAAACUGGAGGCUGGGCCUGUCAGAAGUCGCUCAGAGGAGCAACUCGGGGUUCGGACCGUCCCUGAUAUGGACCUUUAUGGUUCUCCGUAUUCCCGGAUAGUCUGCCCCUAGUUCCCGAUUGAGGCCGAUCCGGAGAAAAGCUGGAGCUGUAAAGAGGAGUGAGAGACUGAGAGGCUCCAAAAAGGCUGCAGCCCUACUGCAUAGUCCAAGGUAGUCUUGUCUUGUCCUGUCUUGUGUUG